CUCCCCUGCCCCGGAAGUGCAAGCCCUGAGGUCGUGCAGGUGUGGAUUCCGCCGGGAAGGCGGCUUCUUUCGUGAUGCCAGGGGCUGCGGCCAAGGGCUCGGAGCUUUCCGAGAGGAUCGAGAGUUUUGUGGAGGCACUGAAGCGGGGAGGUGAGCGGCACAGCUCUGAGGACAUGGCCCGGGAAACCCUGGGGCUGCUGCGCCGGAUCAUCACGGACCACCGCUGGAGCAACGCAGGGGAACUGAUGGAACUGAUCCGUAGAGAGGGCCGGAGGAUGACGGCCGCGCAGCCCUCAGAGACCACAGUGGGCAACAUGGUGCGGAGAGUGCUCAGGAUCAUCCGGGAAGAGUAUGGCAGACUCCACGGACGCAUUGACGAAAGUGAUCAGCAGGAGUCCCUGCACAAACUCUUGACAUCCGGAGGCCUGAGCGAGGAUUUCCGCUCUCAUUAUGCUCAACUCCAGUCCAACAUCAUUGAGGCAAUUAAUGAGCUGCUUGUGGAACUGGAAGGGACAACAGAGAACAUUGCAGCCCAGGCCCUGGAGCACAUCCACUCCAAUGAGGUGAUCAUGACCAUUGGCUUCUCCCGAACAGUAGAGGCCUUCCUCAAAGAGGCUGCCCGAAAGAGGAAAUUUCACGUCAUUGUGGCAGAGUGUGCUCCUUUCUGUCAGGGUCAUGAGAUGGCCGUCAAUUUGUCCAAGGCAGGUAUUGAGACAACUGUCAUGACUGAUGCUGCCAUUUUUGCUGUUAUGUCGAGAGUCAACAAGGUGAUCAUUGGCACAAAGACUAUCCUGGCCAACGGUGCACUGAGAGCUGUGGCAGGAACUCAUACUCUAGCUCUGGCAGCAAAACACCACUCCACCCCACUCAUUGUCUGUGCACCUAUGUUCAAGCUUUCCCCACAGUUCCCUAAUGAAGAAGAUUCAUUUCACAAGUUCGUGGCUCCUGAAGAAGUCCUGCCUUUCACAGAAGCUCAUGUGAUUGCCUUUCAGGGGACAUUUUGGAGAAGGUCAGUGUUCAUUGCCCUGUGUUUGACUACGUCCCCCCAGAGCUCAUUACCCUCUUUAUCUCCAACAUCGGUGGGAAUGCACCUUCCUACAUAUACCGCCUGAUGAGCGAACUCUACCAUCCUGACGAUCAUGUCCUAUGACCACCACCCAUCCUAAGCAGGAGCUGCUUAGGCAAACAGAACGGAGAGAGGACUUCAGUGCUAUGGCCGAAACACAUCUUCUUUGUAAUGGGGACGUGAACUGGAGUUAGCCCAAGAAAACCUGAAACUGUUUACUGCCACUUGAGUCCUCCCAUAACAAGGAUGCACAUCCAGGAAUGUUUUUUGCUUUUUGGGUCUUAACAGAGCAUCAGGGCUUGAUCUGUUGUUUUGGAGCCUCUUAAUCAUUAUGGGGUGUCUGUUUCAGGAACUUAAAUUUUCUGGUUCAGUGGUGUGUUCAUCACACCACUGAAGACCUGUUUUUGCUCAGAAAUGACUAUCGCACCUUUUCCGAAGCUGUGCCAAUAAAAGCUGCUCGAAGGUU